GGCUCCUCCAACCUCCGGAAUAAUUCGGUUUCACCCUCUGGAAGGGGUGCUACCAUUAGCGCAUGCGUCCGGCAUGGCUAACACUCCCUGUCUUGCAGCGGAGCAUUAUUUUGUAACGACAUCCCUUGUGAGGUAGGUCGACGCGAUACACGCUUAUCAAAAAUUUCACGCGCAACAUAGAAUCCUUCGAGCCGGAAGUGCGAUUAGAACGUUUCUUUGGCGAUUCCGCAACAAGGAUCAAUCCUUGAUAAAUUAAAAUCGCGCGAGUCUCGUCACGCCGAGAAUCGGGCGUGAACGCAUUGUUUUGAUUCUCGGAUAAUGUAGACGCGAAAUCUGGAAGUUUCGAGCAACAACCACGUGCACUGCUAGAAGAACAUCCGGAAGACAUCUUGUAAUUUUAAUUAGCUGCAUUCGGGAAACAUGGCGGAAAAGAUGUACUAUUGGGGAGAAGAGAAGGACCAGGUGGAUCCGGAUCAAGCUUUCAUAGAGUUCAAAGCAAAGCCGGUCGCUGCCGAGAGGAAGCGGGAUUAUACUUCUGCUUCCGUUCCAAAGAUGACCGCCUCCUCGCCGCAAGGCAGAGCGACGGAAGUUGGGAAUCGCGAAGAGGAUACGGAACGAGGCGGAUGGGACAACAAACUCGACUUCCUGUUUUCUUGCAUCAGCGUGUCCGUCGGUUUGGGCAACGUCUGGAGAUUUCCGUAUUUGUGUUACAAAAACGGCGGUGGUGUGUUUCUUAUCACUUAUGGAAUCGCUAUGCUCUUCUGUGGAAUUCCAAUUUUCUUCCAAGAAGUCGCUAUCGGGCAAUACCUUGGCGCUGGAGGGAUGACGCUCGUGGGUCAACUGUGCCCUUUGUUACAAGGUGUCGGAUACGCUACCAUGACUAUCGUAUUCUUCCUCGACGUGUAUUACUGCAUAAUUAUCGCUUGGACACUUUUCUAUCUCAUUAGCACAUUCGCCAAUAUACCUGGCGUACCUUGGAGCGGUUGUGGCAACUGGUGGAACACCGAAGACUGCUACGCUGGUUCCGAUAAAAUCGAGCAUGGAGGAAAUGUUUCUUAUUCGAAUAAUACUAAUGUAACGAGCAAUGUUACUUUGCAUCAUACGACACCCGUCGAGGAAUAUUGGGAACGACGGGUUCUUGGGAUCACUUCCGGUAUUGAAACGAUCGGUGGAAUACAAUACGAGCUGUUGGGUUGUCUGGUCAUCGGUUGGCUGCUCGUUUACUCGAUCAUCCGUCGUGGUCUUCAUCAGAGCGGUAAGAUCAUCUGGUUUUCAGCCUUGUUCCCCUACGUGGUGCUUUUCAUUCUUUUGGGAAGAGCGGUGACAUUGGACGGCGCCUACGAUGGUUUACUAUACUACGUCACGCCCAGAUGGGACCAGCUGCUAUCGCCAGGACCAUGGAUCGAUGGUGCGACACAAAUUUUCUUCGCUUACAGUAUCGGCACCGGGGCACUGCCUGCUUUGGGAUCUUACAACAAGUUCCAUCAUAAUUCCUACAAAGAUGCACUAAUCACUUGCAUAGUGAACACCUUAACUUGUCUUCUGGCUGGUUGUGUCACCUUUUCCAUACUGGGUCACAUCGCUUUGGAGCAAAACACUCAAGUGUCCGAAGUGGUGAAAAGUGGACCGGGUCUGGUGUUUCUCACCUACCCGGAAGUGGUGCUCAAACUACCUGGCGCCCCGAUCUGGGCUAUAAUCUUCUUCGUGAUGCUGCUCAUACUCGGAAUCGAUAGCGAAUUUUGCAUAGUCGAAUCCUUUAUCACGGGUAUGGUCGAUAACUGGCCAGAUCUGCUUCGUCCUCACAGAAAGAAGUUCACCAUUGCUAUCUGUCUUUUAAUGUUUCUUCUGGGAAUUCCUAUGGUGACCCACGGAGGAGUUUAUAUAUUCCAAUUGAUGGACUUUUAUUCAGCGAGUGGCAUGUCGAUUCUGUGGGUUUGUUUCUUCCAAACGAUCGCUAUAUCUUGGAUCUUCGGGGCGAACAAAUUCUGCGACUGUAUUCAUCAAAUGAUGGGUGUACGAUUGAAUAAAUUUUGGUACAUAUGCUGGGUGGUGUUUGCACCUGUGAUCAUGGCUUUUAUUUUCGUGUUCCAAUGCGUUCAAUAUAAACCAUUGAAAUACGGAAGCGAUUACGAGUAUCCAACGUGGGCGGAAGUCCUGGGAUUUUGUCUCAGUUUGUCAUCGAUGAUUUGGAUUCCUGUCUAUGCUAUUUAUUACGUCCUCGUCACUCCAGGAUCAAUUAAAGAGAAUAUCCUAAAGGGCCUAAAGCCGAACAUAAAAUCGCACCCAAAAUUACCUAAGGGAGAGAAAUCAGCAGUGAUACCGAUGUCCGAGAGCAGCGCAGGAUUAAUCACCAAGAACAACAGCUUCUUAAGGGGGUAGACACGGUUAAUAGUUGCGCGUUGACUUUGUGUACCGGCAAAAAUGGCCUAAACAUGGGUUUACGGGACUACACUUUUCAUCCUUAUGAACAUUUGGGGCUGGGUGAGGGCUUAUUCGAGAGAGGAAGGUACAAUGCACACCGCUGCACUCAUAUUUUAGUGGGAUUAUGUUGAUGCAAAUUAAGAUCUAUUUUGUCUUCAUUUGUUGCGAAAUAACGACGAAAAGCGUAGUCUCGUAAAAGCAUUCCCACAGACCAGUUCCGCUAUUUUGUGGAUAAUACAGAGAAAGUCACCUGACAAAUUCAGUUCAGCUAGUUUAUAAGGUGGCGCGUCUAACUAAGAAGCCUGUCGAUUUGGAAUCGUAGCCAAAAUUAGGCGUUAGCUAGGUGUCACUCGACUGUGUUAGCGAAGGCAAGUGAAAAAGGCAACAAAGGCAAGAUCUGUCCUUCUCUCAUUCUGAAUGUUGAGAUCGUCCCUUUUCGCUAACAAUAAGGUAUUGACUGACGCCCGCCUGGAUUUUUCACAGCGCCCCAUAACAAACCUCGCUCAAAGAGGAGGUAUAACAAGAGAUAUACCUCCUCUUUGCAAUAAUUCUGCAAAUGUUUACAUAAGUUGUAUAUGAGAUAUUUAUUUAUUUAAAUUAUUUGCAUUCAUUCAGAAUAUUGACUAACACUCCUUUGUAUUUUUUAUUAGUUUCGAAAAACAAAGUUACUAUAGGUUUCUGGAAAUAUAUACAAGCGUCACGCAAUUGGGACGAGUAUAUCUUUUCGGUAAGAGAUGAUUGCUUAAUCGCUACUCAUAGAUUGUAAUUAAAAUAAGAGUAAUAUUUUUAAUCGAAUUUAAGGGAAGAAGACAGAUACUUGAAUCGAAAAGUCAACUUCCUUAUCGACACAUUGAUACUUGCGUGAAACUCCUUGGGGGAUGAAGCUGGAGACAAAGUUUAUAAUAUACUGCGAUAGUGAACAGUGCUAGUUUUUCAGAUGAUUAUUAUAUUUACGAAUAGAAACGAAAGAGGUUCUAUAUUUUUCUAUCGCGAAUUCCGUUUACGAGAAUCAUUCAGUUGAUAGUACAAUUUCAAUGGGAAAGUAGAAGAUUUUUCGAGGAUAGAAGAGCGAUUGAAAAGCGUGUGAUAAGUUUAGGAUGCCUUUACAAAACCGUAGUAUUUUUUUUAUUCCAGAUAUUAUGAUAGUUUUUCAUACGAACGAGAUCGAACGACCAAUUAAUAUAAUAUUAACAAUAAUGAGAAAAAAAAAGAAGCUUCUUUUAUAAUACUCUCUUUUAGAAAACUGGCCUAAUAUGUUUCCUGAUCGUUUCAGGAUCAUUUUUAACAAUACAGACUACGCUGGAUCGCUAGACGUUGUUUCAACGAGUUGAAGUGGUUGUUGCUGUUGUACGAUAUUGAGAGAGGUCUAAAAGUUUUAUCCAACGAUUGUUUAUAUUUUAUUAUUGCACUGUUACGGUGGAAAGUACUUCCAAUAGAGAACUAAAGGUGUUGCGAACUCACGCGUCGAGUACUGUUAACAAUUACGCGAUAAACAGAAUUUAGGUUGAGAGAGACCGGAUUUAUUUUAGAUAAAGAAUGAAGAUUACGUGGAAACAGUAUUACCUUGUAAGCGAUCAUUAAAUGUAAUUCGAAUCCAUACAAGGGACUUCAUUCACUGACAUUAAUUAAAAAAAAAUUUUUUUUUUAUUAUAAUUGAUAUUUUCCUAACGUUCUUUUUUUACUUAUUUAUUGAAACAUACUAUGUGUCAUUUGAUCCAAACUAUUUGCAACAGUACAAAUUUUAACGUUAGUUGAUACGAAAAAGUGAAUUCCUACAACAAUGUGUCCUAAUUAUAAUUUUGAAUAAUACGAGCACUCAUUAAAUUAGUAGCACUGACGAUCACACAAAAUGAUUGUUGAACUAUAGAAUAAUGAGAAUAUUUUCUAAGGACCUCUCGACCGCUCAAACAUAUUGUAAAUUUUUAUCUCGAGCUGGUUCCAUCCGCAUGGAUUAAAAUUGAGAUAUUUCUAAAGUAAGUUAUAAUUUCUAUUAAAAUACAACAAUCCGAUGUGU